AUGGAGUCGAAUUUAAAAAUGCUAGAAGCUAAAAACAAAGCUAUAUUUCAACGUAUUACAAGAUUGCGUGAUACUUGUAAAAAUCUGUCACCGUCGUCAAUCGACUUACGCUCCGCAGAGGCAUUCAUGGCGGACAGUGAAACCAUUGAUAUACUGCGCCAUGAAUAUAUACAAAAUUUAGAUUCUAUAAACGAGUUACAAAUGCAGUUGAAUCCUAAAUUUGAACCUGAUUACCAGGCACUUUUAACGUUUGAAGAUAUUUUUAGUCGAAUAAAAAGAUGUCGUUUAAUAUUAAGCGAAGCGAAUAAGCCUUCGUCUUCACAAUCGGUACCGCAUAAUAAAUCUAGUAUCAAACUAGAACCUCUCUGUAUUCCUUGUUUUGACGGGAAUAUGUCCACCUGGUCUAGCUUUUAUGAAUCCUUUAGGGGUAAUAUUCAUUGUAACACCGAUUUAACCGAUUCUCAAAGAAUUCAGUAUUUACUUAGUAAAUUAACUGGAAGCGCUCAAAAAAUAAUGGCCGGUAUAAUUCCGUCUGGUGAUAAUUAUACUUCCAUAUGGGAAAGUUUAGUAAAGAAAUAUCAGGAUAAAAGAGCCGUAGGUUCAUAUUAUAUUUCUACAUUAUUGAACAUUAAAUCGGCCACAAAUAAUUCCGCUUCAUUAAAUAAUUUCAUCGAAACUUUCGAUGCCGCUGUUGCUGCUAUGCGUCAAUUAAAGAUUGAUGAUAUGCAAGAUUUUAUUUUAUUGAACUUAGCCUUACGAAAGGUGGAUUUAAGUACUACACAGGCUUUCGAAAUGACCGCUAGAAAUAAAGAUAUACCGAGUUAUAUGGAUUUUGUAGAAUUUAUAAAAGAUCCUCACUGGCAUAUGCCAGGUGAGAUCGAACUUGUAUUAGGAGCAAAUUUGUUCCCUUAUAUUCUUUUAAGUGGAAAAAUAAUAAGUCCACCCGCACCGCCAGCCAUAGAAACUAUUUUUGGUUAUGUUUUUAUUGGUGACGUUCCCUGUAAUAAUGCGACCACGUCUGAUCGUGAUCAUACCGCGCCUCAACAAGACUCAUCUUCCUCUGCUUUCUUAACAUGUAUUGAAAAUAAUCUUAAUGAUUCUCUCUCUAAAUUCUGGGAAUUAGAGGAGGUUCCUAUAAAUAAAUAUUUAAGUCCCGCAGAAAAGGAAUGCGAGCAAAUGUACUCUUCUACCGUGUCCCGCGACUCGUCAGGUCGUUAUUGUACUGUUUUACCGUUUUAUAAGGAUCCAAGCGAGUUAGGUAAUUCCCGUAUCACUGCUUUUCGUCGCUUGCUAUCGCUAGAACGCAAACUAGAAAGUACAGGUUUGCGCGCUGAUUAUAAUGCCAUCAUAAAAGACUAUAUAGACAACCAAUAUUUAUCUGAAGUUUUAAAUACAUCCGAUAAUAUGGAUGACGGUUACGUCAUACCGCAUCACCCUGUCAUUAGGCAGGAUAAAGACACCACCAAGCUUUGUGAUGAUGAACGCGAUAACUUCCCGCUGGCUGCUUCUAUAGCUGAAAGGGAACUGUAUAUGGACGAUUUAGCUACGUCUAUACUAAAUGAGGUUGAUGCUGUCGAGGCUACCGCUCAAUUAAUUAAUAUGUUUAAGUCAGGUGGCUUUCAAUUAGUUAAAUGGUCUAGUAAUUCAAAGAACCUACUAGAGAGCAUUCCUACACCGCUGAAACUUGCACAGCAAGUUGAGUUUGAUAGACAAGCCGAUUACACACUGGACGAUUCGUUUUGGAAUGAGGAGAGCCCAGUCGGCGAAGUGGAGCGGUUGCUACGCGAGUACCGUCAGAACCAGGAGUUGGUCCGUAAUAUUGGGGCGCAUUACUACCAGAUCAUAUACCCUGUGCAGCUGCGACACCACGAGAAGAUGGGCAUCUCCACGCGAGAGGUGAACACGCCGAAGGGUCGCGGUUACGGUUCGGAGUAUCAACAAGGCACUAGAUCGCGGACGAGGGCUGGCAAACACUUCCACAGAACAUCCCUUCUCAUCAAAGCUUUCAACCACAAGUUCAGACUGGAUCUAGAGCUUAACACGCAACUGCUGGCUCCGAAUUUAAAGCAAACACAAUAUUUAGCAAAUGGUGCUGAAAGUGAUAUUAGGACGGAAAUCGAGCAUUGCUACUAUCAUGGUACAGUAAAAGACUACCCUGGUGCUUCAGCCGCCUUUCACACCUGCAAUGGCGUGUCCGGCGUCAUACAUAUAGGCAACGAGACAUUCGUCAUACACCCAUUCUAUGGAGGCGAUCUAUCGCAGAAACACCCACAUGUGAUCUUCGAGGCGAGGACCAAGGCGAACAAGGGCUGCGCCAACAAGCUCGAGUUCAGGCCCAAGAGUAGAAGAACGAAGCACGUGUCGUUCGUUGAGGAGCCGCUCGGUGAUGACCCUGGGACCAUGGACGGCACCCGUUCCAAAGAGGGCCGGGAGUGGAGGUGGUGGCACAACACUGGCCUCCGAGCCCUCAACCGACGGAGGAGGGACGUCCGGGAGACCACCAAGUACAUCGAGACCGCGCUGGUGAUCGACAAAGCGAUGUUCGACCGUAGAAACGGGAGCACAAGGUCGGAAGUCGUACACGACGCCAUUCAAGUAGCCAAUAUUGCUGAUCUGUAUUUCCGCACAUUAAACACGAGGGUGUCACUAGUGUACAUAGAGUCCUGGCAGAGUGCAGACCAGGCGGAUAUCGACCGGAAACAGGACAUAACGCGGGCUAUACUCAAAUUCAGCGAUUACACAGCCAGGAAAUUGUUCAAGGUUGAUAAAGACACUACACAGUUGCUCACUGGUCUAACGUUCCCUGGUGGAGAAUCUGGUAUAUCUGUUCCUGAUACACUGUGCACUCCGAAGUCUGUUGGAAUAUCGGUAGACACAAAUACAUACGAGCCUCAUCUCCUUGCUGGCACUAUGGCUCAUAUGAUUGGACACAAUAUUGGAAUGGGUCAUGACGAUGGAAGAGAGCAGUGUUUCUGUCGGGAUUGGCACGGCUGCAUCAUGGCGCAGUCUAUAGUCGGCUCUGACAACGUCCAACCUUAUAAGUUCUCUGAUUGCUCCAAGAAUGAUUACAUCAACGAACUGAGGAUUGGGCAGGGAUUGUGUCUCCUGAACAAACCUAAUGAGCUGGUAAUUCAUCACCAAUGCGGCAACGGCCGUCUGGACGAAGGCGAGGAGUGUGACUGUGGCACCAUCGCCGACUGUCAGUCCAUGAAUCCUUGCUGUGAUCCCUUCACCUGCCGUCUUACCAAAGAAGCCCAGUGCGCUUCGGGAGAAUGUUGUGAGAGAUGCCAGUUAAAACCUCGAGGCGUAGUAUGUCGAGACGCAACCAACGAAUGUGACUUAGAAGAGACCUGCACAGGCCUGUCAGGUAUUUGUCCAGCUGAUGCACAUCGGAAGAAUGGCGAGCCCUGCGAAGAAGGGAAAGGCUACUGUUUUGCAGGACAGUGCCCUACGCUAAGCCUCCAGUGUGAAAGGAUCUGGGGCCCUGGAACUGUUGGUGCUGAUAAAGAGUGCUUUGAGCAGUUCAACUCGAAGGGAGCUGUGACUGGGCACUGUGGGAAAGAUAGCAGUGGGCAUUAUAUUAAGUGCGAGACUGAAAACGUUCGUUGCGGUUCUCUGCAGUGUCAACUCGGGAAUAGAUAUCCAGUAGUGUCGGGUAUGGAUGAAUACUACACCAGAACUGUUAUUACCAUCAAGGGUAAUGAGUAUGAAUGCAAAGCAACUACGGGUCUUCCAAAGCACUCAGAGAUCGGGCCUCUUGGCCUGGUCCGGGACGGCACGCCGUGUGGGGACAACCUCGUCUGCGUGAAUCAAACGUGCACCUCAAUCUUUCCGUACAUAGACCACACCAAAUGCCCCACCGACCAUAACAACAACGAGUGUUCUGCUAAAGGGGUCUGCUCCAACCUCAACAAGUGCGUCUGCAACCGCGGUUGGACCGGCCCCGACUGUUCUCACCACGACGCCCUGCCACCGUCCCCAACACCAUACGUCCCCGAGAACGCCACCAAAGCAGCCUACAAUAUGACUAAAAAGGAAACACCGUAUGAGAACUACCACGGCUCGAACACGGUGUUCCUCGUGGCGGUGCUCAUGUCUGUGGUAGGGGGGGUAUUCAUAGUAUUUGCCCUGAGCGCUCUCUGCUACAGGUCAGUCGUAGUACACAAAAACUUCUCCCUGUGCCUAAGGAAAAAGAGUACGCUGCCAAAGUACGAUCCACCGUACGUGAAAAAACCCAUCGCCAAGAGCUUCGCUGCUGGUUCGACGACUUCUAAUAACUCUCAAGAAGACAUUUCACUGGACGGGGGCAAAAUGCAUUCCUUCAAUAACACUGUCAGAAACCUUUUAAGCCGUGGUGACUCAAGAGUGUUCUUCAGACACGGGAACCACAUGUCUGGAGCUGGCAAUACCAGUAGAUAUCCGGAUCACAAACAAAUGAAACGAGUGCAUUCUGGUAGUGAAGAUGAACCUAUUCAUUCAGGGGAGGAGGAUAUAGCUUUUAUUGAUGUAGCACCAAACUCAAUGGCGAAGUUGCCAGAAAAGGGUAUACUAAAGAAACAUGGUUACGGUGCUGUAGAUGGCAAGGACAAGUGGGCUGAUGACUCGCAAUCUGAGCAACUGGACGCUGGCUCGCAGUCCGACGGUCAAGAACCAGCCGGUGCUGUUGCAGAUAUGGAAUAUAAGUUUAAGGAUCUAAAUGGGUACCACGAAAACAUAAUUGUUGCGCUGAAGACAGCGGCUGCGCAGCGAGCAAGCGCUGGUGCAUCCCGCGGCUCCGGCGAUCUACGAGCCCUCCAGGAUUAUGAGUAUAAGCGCGAGCGAGCACCAAGCGCUGAGAAAAUCCACGAAGCGGAACUACGUAGGCAGCGCGCUGAAGACGAAGAGGACGAACCCCCACCUUGCGGCUCCAUCCGCAUUCGCAACUUAGAGGACCUGAUCCGACAGCUAGAGCAUCAUUCCAGCCGACAUAUGAGCCCUUCCGGCUCUGAAGAUAUCCGCAUGUCGGAAACAGAGGCAGAUAGGCAUUAUAGAAUCGAACCUGGAGAGGUCCCGUCCCGUUGCCGCGGACGCAUCCCCGGCGAGGAGGAGUCCAGGUUCGGGUACCCGCGGUUCCGCGGCAGCGGCCGCCACCACGGGCCGCUGUUCAGCGCGGGCGCAGCCGCCGCCCCCGCCGCCGCCGCGCUGCACGCCCCGCACGCGCCCCACGCGCCCCACGCGCCGCACCCCGCGCACGCCGCGCACCCCCGCGCCGCGCCAGACGACGAUGCGCUCUACGAGACGGCGGACGCGGAGCGCCUCCGCGACGCGCCCGAUAGCGAGAGCUCAACAACAGUUAGCCCGGUGGGCGAGUGA